CACAAAACCUGAACAUGUUCGAAAUAAGCCGAACCCUCAACGCCGCUUUGUUGAGCAAUGAGGGGUCGACAGAGACACAGUGGCGUCAGGCAGAGCUCCCACAGCUCCAGGGCUGGGCAGAGAAGGGAUUGCUGACACAGCCAAAGAUGAUCAUCAGUAACAUGGAUGCUCCAGUGACAAAUGGCCCCAGCGGAGGGGGCACCACAGCCAACGGGCCGACCACCAACAGCCGCGGCUGUCCCUCGCCCAUGCAGACCGGCCAAUCAAAUGACGACAGCAAGACCAACCUCAUCGUCAACUAUCUGCCGCAGAACAUGACCCAGGAGGAGUUCCGCAGCCUGUUUGGUAGCAUCGGAGAGAUCGAGUCCUGCAAGCUGGUCCGCGACAAGAUCACAGGACAGAGUCUGGGCUACGGCUUUGUCAACUACAUCGAUCCAAAGGACGCAGAGAAAGCCAUCAACACGUUAAAUGGACUCAGACUUCAGACCAAAACGAUCAAGGUGUCAUACGCGCGACCCAGUUCAGCUUCCAUCCGUGAUGCCAACCUGUAUGUGAGUGGCCUGCCCAAGACGAUGACUCAGAAGGAGCUGGAGCAGCUCUUCUCCCAGUACGGACGCAUCAUCACCUCCCGCAUCCUCGUCGACCAGGUCACAGGUGGCUCCCGAGGUGUGGGCUUCAUCCGCUUUGAUAAGAGGAUAGAGGCUGAGGAGGCCAUCAAGGGCCUGAACGGACAGAAGCCAACAGGGGCCGCCGAGCCCAUAACGGUCAAGUUCGCCAACAACCCCAGCCAGAAGACCAGCCAAGCCCUCCUCUCACAACUUUACCAGUCCCCCAAUCGCCGAUACCCGGGCCCCCUCCACCACCAGGCUCAGAGGUUCAGGCUGGACAAUUUGCUUAAUAUGGCCUAUGGCGUAAAGAGGUUCUCCCCCAUCACCAUUGACAGCAUGACCAGCCUGGUCGGCAUGAACAUCCCCGGGCACACGGGCACUGGCUGGUGCAUCUUCGUGUACAACCUGUCGCCAGACUCGGAUGAGAGCGUGCUGUGGCAGCUGUUCGGGCCCUUCGGCGCGGUCAACAACGUCAAGGUGAUCCGCGACUUCAACACCAACAAGUGCAAAGGCUUCGGCUUCGUCACCAUGACAAAUUACGACGAGGCGGCCAUGGCCAUCGCCAGUCUCAACGGCUACAGGUUGGGCGACCGCGUCUUGCAAGUCUCCUUCAAGACUAACAAGACGCACAAGUCCUGA